UUGUUUUCCGAAUGUGAAUAGGUCCACUAUUCCAGCCUUGUCUUCCCUCUGGGGGAACGGGGAGGACGCAGACAGGCACCUCGUGGGGGGAUGUUUAAUGUGACCAGCUGAGGGCCUUGGUGAGACCUCCUCUUCCACUUUCCUUCGAGGUCCGGGGGAAUCGCCGAGACCACAGAACUGCCGCCCAAUGGAUCCCAAAGUAGGAAGGAUGGCAUCAUCUCUCCUUGCUUUCCUGUUGCUGCUGGACGGAGGCAUGUUCUCACCAUCCUCCCCGCCCACUGGGCUGCUAGAGAAGGUCUUCCAAUACAUCGAUCUCCAUCAGGAUGAAUUUGUACAGACGCUGAAGGAGUGGGUGGCGGUCGAGAGUGACUCGGUCCAGCCCGUGCUGCGCCUCCGACGAGAGCUGCUCAGAAUGACGGACCUGGCUGCAGACCGGCUCCGGAACCUGGGAGCCCACGUGGACUUGGUGGACGCAGGUUUUCAGCAGCUGCCUGAUGGUCAGAGCCUCCCGAUACCUCCCAUCAUCCUGGCCGCACUGGGGAAUGAUCCCAAGAAGCCCACCGUGUGCUUCUACGGCCACUUGGACGUGCAGCCUGCCAGACGGGAGGAUGGGUGGGUCACGGACCCUCACACACUGACGGAGGUGGACGGAAAACUGUAUGGCCGAGGAACGACAGACAACAAAGGCCCUGUUUUAGCGUGGAUCAACGCUGUGAGCACAUUCAGAGCCCUGGACGAGGAUCUGCCCGUGAACGUCAAAUUUGUCAUCGAGGGGAUGGAGGAGGCUGGUUCUCUUGCCCUGGAGGAACUUGUCCAGAAGGAGAAGGCCGGGUUCUUCUCAAGCGUAGACUACAUCGUGAUUUCAGACAACCUGUGGGUCAGCCGGAGGACGCCCGCGCUCACGUGGGGGACGCGAGGGAACAGCUACUUCAUAGUGGAGGUGAAGUGCAGAGAUCAGGAUUUCCACUCGGGGACCUUUGGUGGGAUCCUUAACGAACCCAUGGCGGAUCUGGUCGCUCUUCUUGGCAGCCUGGUGGACUCUUCUGGUCGAAUUCUGAUCCCUGGAAUCUAUGACCACGUGGCUCCUGUUACAGAGGAGGAGAAGAGAACAUACGAAGCCAUUGAUCUGGACCUUGAGGAGUACCGGAACAGCAGCCAGGUUAAGAAAUUUCUGUUUGACACCAAGGAGGAACUUCUAAUGCACCUGUGGAGAUACCCAUCUCUUUCUAUUCACGGGAUCGAGGGCGCGUUUCAUGAGCCUGGAGCCAAAACAGUCAUCCCUGGCCGAGUGAUAGGAAAAUUUUCAAUCCGUCUAGUCCCUCACAUGAAUAUGUCUGUGGUGGAGAAGCAGGUGAAGCAGCAUCUUGACUAUAUAUUCUCCAAAAGAAAUAGCUCCAACCAGAUGACUGUAUCUAUGACGCUAGGACUACACCCGUGGGUUGCAAAUAUCAGAGAUAAUCAGUAUCUUGCGGCAAAAAGAGCCAUCAAAACAGUGUUUGGGACAGAGCCAGACAUGAUCCGAGAUGGAUCAACCAUACCCAUUGCCAGAAUAUUCCAGGACACCAUCCAGAAGAGUGUGAUGAUGCUCCCGCUGGGCGCUGUGGAUGAUGGGGAGCACUCCCAGAAGGAGAAGAUCAACAGGUGGAAUUACAUAGAGGGAUCCAAAUUAUUUGCUGCCUUUUUCCUAGAGAUGGCUAAGCUGCAUUAAUCAUGGUAGGAACCUUCCAGCCCAGGCCUGACCUACUGACAGAUCCCCUUUCACACAACCCUGGGCAGGAACAAAAUCUAACUAUUCAGAGGAAUUUGGUCCCCAAAAUAAUGUUUUCCCUUGGACAUCUGGACCAGUAAUAAAAUAUUUCCAAGGCGCAGACAUCGGACGUGGUUUUGUGUCACCGUGCACACCUUUCUAAAGCCACAGCCACCUUCAACAACCUGACUUCCCUGAGUCCUGCUGCGGCUGCCCCAGGCCUGGACUCACGGUACCCUUCAGGUUGAGGACAAGUCUCUGAUGAGAUUCUCCGCUUGCAAUUUGAUUGGUGUAAUCACUGCAGUUUGCGUUCUAGGCCUCUAAAUGCUUGACACACAGUCAUCCCAUCCGGUGACUGUCCAUCCUACAUCACCCCUGCUUUUACCACUUGUGCCCCUUAUCUUAUUGACAAACAUGUUGGUCUCCAGCACUGCCUACUGUAAUUUCCCUGUGGGCUCAUUUUUAGAGGAGUUACUAAAGCAUGAUACCGCAUUAACCUCUUGCUUCCCCUUCAUUUAUUUUUCCUGCUUCUUCAAAAGUGCUGAAAUGGAAAUGAUCAAUAUUCAUAUGCUUACGCCAUCUGGGAUUCCUUGUGCGAAAAUGAAUACUUUCUAAGUUCCAAGCCUCUUUACCUUUGCUGCAAUUGAUGCCAGCCGACUGCCCCUCCUGCAGCCUCUUCUUUCUUCCUGCCCCGUCAGUGAAGGCCUCCUUGCUCUCGUCAACAUCUGCGCACCUGUCAAUGCGCCACAGCAGAAUUAAUCCUGAUGGAAUUUCUCUCGCCCUGCGGGAACUGUACUCAGUGACUACAUCUAAUAAAUUGCUCAAAGCUUUUAAUAGCAUCGGUUUUAGAUAGAGAGCUAAUCAACCCUGACAUCAGUAACACAUUCUAAAUUUAAAGCCGUCAGCUAAUGCUGGGUUCAUUAAUCAUUUUAGUUAACCAUCUUGUUUGGCUUGAUUGGAUUUGACAGUGUAAACAAACAAAAAAUGCAAUUUUUCUACAGUUGAGUAUAUUUAAACAAACAGAUUUAAUCUCUAUAAAUUAUUUAAAUCACAUUAAUGGAGAAGAAUUUAAAGGUUUGUUAAAAAUGUUUCUCAUGAUUCUAAAUAGAAAAACCAGCAUAACACAUUCCAUUGCUUCAUGGGCUCUUGAAAUGUCAGUUUUAAAACUUGCUGCACCUCACCUACAAUGGCCGGACCAGAGGGCCAGUAAUUCGGCUUGUCCUGAACUGCGCCACAGAAAUGGGACCCAGCUGAGGCUUUAGCCACUUUUCCUCUGAUGCUGGAGAACAUUUAAAUGCUGUCUGUUGAGUAUGGGCAGGAAUUUGAUAUUUUUUUGCUAUUAAGCUUGGUUUGUGCUUGCCAGAUUACAUAGAACCUUUUGACAUUUUGGAUUUUGUGGGACCUAACUGGUGUAUUUGGCAGACUUCUCAAGAACUAAAUAUACAAGAAGUUUAUGAUCCCCAUUUAUAUUUUUAAAAGGGUGUUCAUAUUAAUCAAUUAACAAGGCUGGUUAAAAUGUAUUGUAACCACUUCUGAGCAAUGUAACAUCAGUUUGUUUUACCAAGCAUCUAAAUUGUAAGAUUACUCAUUCACUGAUCUACGUUCCUGCUGAAUCUCUGAGACUUGCAACGUCUGGUUAAUUAUUCAGCUACCACCAGGCAAGAAAGGCAGGACAAAGGCUGAGGUCACUGAGUCUAGGAGAUCCCAACCUUGGAAUGUCUGGGUGCAGAGCCAUAGUUUUCUGCCUCUAGGGGUCACGAUGAGUGUCCCCAGCUCUCCCAGGUCCAUCUGGGUUUUCUACCCGGCUCCAAGCCAGGUGCCUACCUGGGUUCUGCUGUGAUCUGGAGUCAGAAGGAAAGUAUUUUCAGGGCAGUUACACACAUACGGGUGAUAGAAAUCUACCCGCUUACUGGCCAGGCCAGGUAAAAUUUUUAAAUAUUCUCUAUCUCCAAUCUCUGUCUUCCAUUUCCAACUCAUCUCUGUACUUCAGGGGUCCAGUGAAGUGCGCUGCACACAGUAGGUGCUCAAUAUUGCAUGCUAAAAUCCUCCUCUUG